AUGAUGCGCACCGCCGUCACCAAGCUCGCCCGCCCGGCGCUUUUCUCCCGCUCCUUCACCACCACCGCCCGUGUCAUGGCGGAGGGUGACGUUGGUGCUCCUCCCAAGACUGGCGGCCCGGGCGACGCCUUCCAAAGACGCGAGCGCGCCAGCGAGGACUACGCCAUCCGCCAGCGCGAGAAGGAGAAGCUCCUAGAACUCCGCAAGAAGCUGGCCGAGCAGCAGGCUCACCUGAAGUCGCUGUCCGACCACAUCGACGAGAUCACCCGCGAGCAGGGCGGCGAGCAGAACUAA